GCCCCGCCCACGCCCCCCCACCCAAGAUGGCGGCCGCCGGGCGGCGCUGACGGCUGGGGGGGCCCUGUCUGCACGCACCCGGGGGGCCGCGCCCCGGUGUCCCCCCCACCCCCACCCCGCGAUGCUUCGGCGGCUGCUGGAGCGGCCGUGCUCUCUGGCGCUGCUGGUGGGCUGCCAGUUCGCCUUCGUCGCUUAUUUUUCCCUGGGGGGGUUCCGGAACCUCACGGCGCUUUUCGGCCGCUCCUCCCCCCCCGCCGUGGAUUAUUCCCGCACCCACGACGUGUACGCCAACCUCAGCCGGCUGCUGCCACGCGGCCCCCAGCGGGACCCCGCAGAGCCGCUGCCCUACUGCCCCCUGCGGUCACCCCUCCUCCCCUGCCGUACCCUCAAUAUUUCGGGGGGGUCUCCGCUCUCACCCCGGACCAGUACAUGAAAAUCAAUGGUUUCCCCAACGAAUAUUGGGGUUGGGGCGGCGAGGACGACGACAUCGCCACCAGGGUGCGCCUGGCCGGGAUGAAGAUCGCCCGCCCGCCCAUCUCCAUCGGCCACUACAAGAUGGUGAAGCACAAGAGCGACAAAGGCAACGAGGAGAACCCGCACAGGUUCGACCUGCUGAUCCGCACGCAGCGCAUGUGGACGCAGGACGGGAUGAACUCGCUCAGCUACACCCUGCUGGCCAAGCACCUGCACCCGCUCUACACCAACCUGACCGUGGACAUCGGCAGUGACCCCCGCGCCGCCCGGGGACCCCCGGGACGGAGGUACCCCCACAGCAACAGCCCCUUCCGGGAGGAGAUGCUACGCAAAGUGCCCGCUCUGGGGGGAGCGGGUUUCUCCCUCCCCCGCGUCCCGGCCCCGCAGCUCCCCACGCUCGCGGGGAACGGCACCCAGAGUUCGUGGGGGGCGGGGGUCACCCCACGUGGCCCCGAUGGGGAUGGGGAUGGGGACGGCGCCGUGACGGAGGCGGGGACCCUCCCCACACAGGGGGGCAACCAGAGCUGGCCCCGGGGCUCCCGUUAGCCUCGAAGCAGCCCCCCAAAAAGGG